AUGCCGUACAAUACGCGCCGCAAAUCGCUGUCCCUGCCCAGCCUGGGUAUACAUAUUCCUGUAACCCACGCUGCUCGCGCUGCCGCUGCCUCAUUAAAAGCCCCGAGGCGACCAUCCUCCUCUUCCUCCUCUUCAUCGUCAUCAUCAUCGCCGGCUACGUCGGCGCAUCUUUCAGACUCUAUAGCCGACCUCAUGGACUCGCAUCCAAGCAAACGCCUCAAGCGAUCACACGGGGUCGCCUCUACACCCGCCGAAGCCAUCAUCGAGCAAACGCCGCCUCCCUCACCAACUCCCGCCACAAGUGUCGAGAUGUCUGAUGCGGACUUGAUGCCCAAGGUGGACCUUGAAGGCAUUAAUGAUGAUAUUGUCGAGGCUUCGAUUGUCCAGUUAGAGUCGACUGCUAAUAGGCCGCACCUCAUCAAAGAGUUGGCUACUGUUCUAACACAAACAUUGACAUCCGUCCAACAGUCUGCCAAUCCAUGCGCCAUCAUUUCCUCCCGCUUGACUUCUUACAUGAAACGGCCAUGCUGGACUGCUCUUGCUCCCUGCCCCCUGGCCAAAGAACUCGAGACCGUUCACCCCCGCCGCACGUACUUUUUCCUCACCACUUGUCCGCGACAGCCUCUCCCGGAUCCCAGCAUCACCCAGCCAAUCCAUCAUCCCGCUAUUGUUACUCCAUCGGUGUCCUUGACUGAUGAUUCGGGCUCCGAUGAUGCUGAUGCUCGCCGAAGAGACCUGAGCCCUUCUCCAGAAGUGGACCUUUCAUCGCCAGAGUUUGACGAUAUGGAGGACGACGCAGGCAUGCCAAUCACACCCAUAGGGUCAUUUAAAUCCCACAGCACCCAGCUGAGACAUGGUCGAGACUUGCGCCGCGACUCACCGCCUUUAGAAACUGAUGAGCGCGAGUUCACACAAACGGCAGAUGUUCUGCAAAAACGCAAGUUCACUAACGACGAUGUCUCUGAAGGUCCUGAGGCUGCUGAACGUGGCUCUACUAUUGAGUAUGGCUACCGCGACGAGAUCUGGUUUGGUGACCGUGCUCUUUCAACGGCCGCCUUCCUGACCAGCCCGGCCAUCAAACCGAGCCCCCUGUCAACCAUGCGCAAAGAGGACGACGCUGACAGCUGGCUGAAGCUCAAUAAACUCUUUGAAUGGGAUAGACCCGCGGAGAGCAUCGAAAUUGAUGAGCUUGACUGCCUCUUGGACGCCUGCUAA